AUGGUAAUAGGGGGCAUACACUGGCAGGCCGGCGACGAAGCCGUAAUGGCGGAACAAGAUUACGGAUCAAUGCUGGAAAUGUUCAGACUGGUAGCUCAAAAACAUGGCGUAGUGAAUAAGGUUGUUUCUGUGCCCAACCAUCCGUCGUCCGACGAGGAACUGGUGAAUCUCUAUGCCAAUGCCAUCAGCAGCAAAACAAAGCUUUUGAUGAUCUCGCAUAUGAUCAAUAUCACCGGUCAUAUUCUACCCGUUCGAAAAAUUUGCGAUAUGGCGCAUAGCAAGGGGGUAGCUGUAAUGGUAGACGGCGCCCAUGCUUUUGCACAUAUUAAAUACAAAAUAUCCGAUCUCAACUGCGAUUAUUAUGGUGCCAGCCUGCACAAGUGGCUAAGUACACCGCUGGGUGCCGGUAUCUUGUACGUAAAGAAAGGGACAGCCGCCAAUGUGUGGCCCCUGCUGGCAGAAGGCGGCAAAGACGAUAACGAUAUCAACCGCUUAAACCAUAUUGGUACCCACCCGGUACAUACUGAUUUGGCCAUUGCCGAUGCCCUUGAUCAUUACAGUAAAAUUGGUGCAGAAAGAAAGGAGGCCAGAUUGCGUUUCCUUCAAAACUACUGGACCAGCAAAGUGCGCAGUAUCCCCAACGUAGUGGUGAACACGCCUGCAGAAGCAGCCCGCUCCUGCGGCAUUGCCAAUGUGGGCAUUAAAGGAAUGAAGCCCGCGGUGCUGGCAGAAACCCUUAUGAAAAAAUACAAAAUCUACACUGUGGCCAUUGACUAUGCAAAUGUGCAGGGUUGCCGUAUUACGCCCAACCUGUAUACCAUGCCCAAUGAACUGGAAGUGCUGGUGAAAGCGCUGACCGAGCUGGCUGAAAAAUAG